GGUUUAGAUUCAUUGUAUUUGAAAUCAACAUCGUUUAGUAUUCCAUUCCAACUUCUGAAGGAUGGGACGACCACGGUAUCAAUACGCAUUGAUUGCUGCUUCGCUAGGCACCUUGUACUUCUUAUUCAGAAACAGGCACUCUUAUCAUAUGCAAAUGUGUGGUCUACUCUCAUGGCAUUUAUUGUCGGUACUACUCACUCCAGGAUUAUACAAUGACCAAUCUCUGACAUUGUCUACAUAUGAAACCGAUAUGAUCGUGAGCAGUCAAAGGCGCUACCUUGCCGAUGCAAACUCAUCACUAAUUUUUAUCGGAGGUCUUCCACGUUCCGGAACUCCAAUGAUGCGCAUAAUGCUGGACUCACAUCCAGAUGUACGAUGUGGCAAGGAAACGAGAAUUAUCCCAAAACUACUGCAUCUUGUAGAAAAGUGGAGAAAAAGUGAUGUGGAAAGAAAUCGUCUGGACCAAGCACAAGUCAGCGAUGACCUUCUCAAAAGAGCUUUGGCAUCAUUCAUUGUGCAAAUUAUCGAUGGCCAAGGCAAAUCUGCUCGUCGUCUCUGUAGCAACGAUCCGUCUUCGCUGAAUGCCGGAAAACUACUGUCGGAGAUGUUUCCAAAUGCUCGCUUCAUUUUUAUGAUUAGAGAUGGUCGAGCCACGAUUCAAGAAAUCAUAGAAGCCAAGGCGAACGCACCAGGCUUCAACACCACAAAUCAUCGUGAAUGUAUGACGUAUUGGAACAAGGAAAUCAAAGAUUUGCUAGUUCAGUGUAACGCCAUUGGCAAAAGAUGCUUGAAGGUUUAUUAUGAAGAGUUCCUCAUGUACCCCCAAACUCAAAUUCCUUGGGUUUUGAAGUUUCUUGAUCUACCCACUACGCAAAAAAUUCUUGAUAUAUACAAGGCAAUGACAGAUGGUAAACUGGAGCAGUUGAGAGGUUGGAUUGACAGGUUCCCCGACGACGUUUUACGCGAUGUUGAUAAAAUUGCUCCAAUGCUCCGAUACUUGGGCUAUAACUCAAAUCCGCCAAAAUAUGGUACUGCCGAAGAGCUGAUGCCACAGAGGCCAGACGAACCUGAAAUGGAUGGGUGAACGGAGAAAUUGUUUUUCAAAAAGAAUGUCUUAUAUGAUUUUAUAAUACCUGCUACAGAGAGAGAUAUUUUUUUUAAUAUUCGUUCAUUUUUUUGUGCUAGCUGCCUUACUUUGUUGUUUGAAAUUAGCGUUAAAUGAUUACGGGGCAGGAUUGGACGUAAUCGCAGGUUUUCGUCUCUUUACUUCCAG